CCGUCCAGCCCAAAACCGGUGUCGCCCGUCGUUUUGUUUCGCUUCGUUCGCGUCGUCUGCUCUUCAGUCUCUGCCUUGGCUUCGGUGAGGUUGCGUUAUCGCGGGGCGCUCAGACAAACGCAGGCGGCAGCAGCGGCGUUCCUUUCGCUUUCGUCCAGAAGCAAGUCCGUGUAACCCGUGGUUUGAUUUUUUUGACCCAAAGAGGCGCCAUGGUCGUCAAGAGCGAAUAUGUGUCGGGCUACUACGUCCAGCAGCGACCAUGGAGUCCGACCAAGAGACGGGGCCCCAUAUCGUCGGACUUCAAGACACCCGGUCCGGGGGCCUUCACCAUCCCGUCAACCAUAGGGGACAGGGCAAGCACCAAUGUCACGAAAGGUCAAAAGGCUCCGUCCUUCACCUUUGGAACCAAGCCGGAGGAGAAGCGCGACCUCUUCGUCCCGGGUCCCGGCACGUACAACAUCGCGGGCCUCUCCGAGAAGGGCAAGGAGACCGUGUCGGCGCCCACCAUGGCGCCCAAACUCCGCGAGCCCGUGGGCUUCAAGACGCCGGCGCCGGGGGCCUACAACCCGGAGAAGGCCGAGCAGUGCGUGCUCAGCGCCUCGCCCAUGUACACCUUCGGCGCCAAGAUCAGGGACCCGAAGCCCGCCGACGUACCCGAGGCCGACCGCCCAAGCCAAGAAGAAACUCAACGCCGCCCGCUGCUCGUGCACCGCAACAGGCGAGCGCCCCGCUACUCCUUCGGCCUCAAACUUAAGAGCCUCUUCCGACCCAACGACAACCCUGCUCCAGGUGUUUACGACAUCGACAAGGGAGACUCGGUGGUCUACCCGAAAUCGCCGAGCUUCUCCAUGCGCCGACGACUCCGCGGGCCUAGUCCCGAAGAACUGCCAGGUCCUGGAUCGUACGAAAGUAGAAAGGUGUACGACAGCUCUCGCACCAGACCACCGGAGUAUUCUUUCGGCAGGCGCUUGAAGGAAUCGAAAACAGAAGACUUCCCUGCGCCUGGGGCUUACGACAUAACGCGAGCUGAUGGUGCUGUGUACACCAGAUCGCAAGAGCGCACGAUGGCGCACAGACUGAUGGAAAGGCCACCAGACAGCGCUGAGUUUCCCGCUCCAGGAGACUACGGCGCCUCCAAGGCAGACUCGGCAGUCUUCUCACGAGCCCCACAGUUCAGCCUGGCCGAGAGGCUCGAACGCGAAGCUGUGGAGUCGAUCGACUUUCCCGGCCCAACGGACUACGACUUAAGCAAAGGAAAGAUUACGGCGGCUUAUCGGGCCCCGCAGUACAGCUUCGGGCUUAAGAUCAAAGAUAAGCCCCCGGAUUCACUCAAGUUCCCAGGUCCAGGAGAGUACAAUCCGGACAAAGCAGACCGGGUGGUGCGCACUAGGUCGCCAGAGUACCACAUAGGGUCAAAGUUAAAAGAAAAGCCGCCCGAACACUUUGACUACCCCGGGCCAAGCGAGUACCACUCAGAAAGGGCUGACCAGGUGACCAGAAGCCGCUCUCCACAGCACAGAAUCGCUGUCAAAAUAGCAGACAGGCCGCCGGAAUCUCUGCACUACCCGGGCCCCGGUGAAUACGAUGUUGACAAAGCGGAUCACGUGACAAGGAGUCGGUCGCCACAACACUGCAUUGGCGCCAAGUUAAAAGACAAGCCUCCGGAGUCUCUGAAAUACCCGGGUCCGGGCGAAUACAAUGCCGACCGAGCAGACCAUGUGACUAGAAGCCGUUCACCGCAACACUGCUUUGGAAUCAAGAUAAGAGACAAGUCCCCAGAUUCUCUGCAAUAUCCUGGGCCUGGCGAAUACGAUGCCGACAAAGCAGACCACGUGACGAGAAGCCGCUCCCCGCAACACCAGAUUGCCUGCAAGUUAAAAGAAAGGUCACCCGAGUCGCUUGACUUCCCCGGUCCAGGGGAAUACAAUGUGGACAGAGCGGACAAUGUGACAAGAAGUCGGUCACCACAGCACAGAAUCGGCGUCAAAAUAAUAGACAAGCCACCAGAGUCUCUAGACUAUCCAGGACCUGGUGAAUACAAUGUCGAGAGAGCUGAUCACGUGACGAGAAGUCGCUCACCGCAACACCACAUAGGCGUGAAACUUAAAGACAGGCCCCUGGAAUCUCUUGAUUAUCCGGGGCCAGGAAAAUACUUUGUGGACAAAGCGGACCACAUGACUAGAAGUCGCUCACCACAACACAAGAUUGGAGUCAAGCUUAAACUCAAGCCACCGGAGUCUCUGGGAUAUCCGGGCCCAGGGAAAUACGAUGUGGAAAGAGCAGACCAGGCGACAAGAACUCGUUCUCCGCAACACAGAAUUGGCGCGAAGCUGAAAGAAAAGUCACCGGAAUAUCUGCAUUAUCCUGGUCCGGGAGAAUACAACGUGGACAGAGCAGACCCCGUUACGAGAAAUCGCCCGCCAGAGCCCCACAUUGGCCUCAAGCUAAAGGAUAGGCCACCAGAAUCUGUGCAGUAUCCUGGUCCCGGUGAAUACAACGUGGCUAGAGCAAAUGACGUCACAAGAAGCCGAUCCCCCCAGCACCGAAUCGGAAUCAAGCUAAAGGACAGGUCACCGGAAUCACACGAUUUCCCCGGCCCAGGGGAAUACAACGUGGAUACAGCAAAUGACGUCACAAGAAGUCGAUCCCCCCAGCACCGAAUCGGAAUCAAGCUAAAGGACAGGUCACCGGAAUCACACGAUUUCCCCGGUCCUGGAGAGUACAACAUAGAAAGAGCCGAUAGAGUUGUACGAAGCCACUCUCCAGAAUAUAAAAUCGGCGCCAAGUUAAAGGAGAGGACACGGGAUUCAUUGGAUUACCCUGGUCCUGGAGAGUACAACAUAGAAAGAGGUGAUAGAGUUGCACGCAGCCACCCUCCAGAGUAUAAAAUCGGGACCAAGUUAAAGGAGAGGAGACUGGAUUCAUUGGAUUAUCCUGGUCCUGGAGAGUACAACAUAGAAAGAGCUGAUCGAGUGGCACGCAGCCACUCCCCAGAGUAUAAAAUUGGUGUUAAGUUAAAGGAGAUGAGACCGGAUUCAUUGGACUACCCUGGUCCUGGAGAGUACAACAUAGAAAGAGCCGAUAGAGUUGUACGAAGCCACUCUCCAGAAUAUAAAAUCGGCGCCAAGUUAAAGGAGAGGACACGGGAUUCAUUGGAUUACCCUGGUCCUGGAGAGUACAACAUAGAAAGAGGUGAUAGAGUUGCACGCAGCCACCCUCCAGAGUAUAAAAUCGGGACCAAGUUAAAGGAGAGGAGACUGGAUUCAUUGGAUUAUCCUGGUCCUGGAGAGUACAACAUAGAAAGAGCUGAUCGAGUGGCACGCAGCCACUCCCCAGAGUAUAAAAUUGGUGUCAAGUUAAAGGAGAUGAGACCGGAUUCAUUGGACUACCCUGGUCCUGGAGAGUACAACAUAGAAAGAGCCGAUAGAGUUGCACGAAGCCACUCUCCAGAGUAUAAAAUCGGUGCCAAGUUAAAAGAGAGGAGACUGGACUCGUUGGAUUACCCUGGUCCUGGAGAGUACAACAUAGAAAGAGCCGAUAGAGUUGCACGAAGCCACUCUCCAGAAUAUAAAAUCGGCGCCAAGUUAAAGGAGAAGACACCGGAUUCAUUGGAUUACCCUGGUCCUGGAGAGUACAACGUAGAAAGAGCCGAUAGAGUGGCACGAAGCCACUCUCCAGAGUAUAAAAUUGGUGCCAAGUUAAAAGAGAGGACACCGGACUCAUUGGAUUACCCUGGUCCUGGAGAGUACAACGUAGAAAGAGCCGAUAGAGUGGCACGAAGCCACUCUCCAGAGUAUAAAAUCGGUGCCAAGUUAAAAGAGAGGACACCGGACUCAUUGGAUUACCCUGGUCCUGGAGAGUACAACAUAGAAAGAGCCGAUAGAGUUACACGCAGCCACUCUCCAGAGUAUAAAAUCGGGACCAAGUUAAAGGAGAGGAGACUGGAUUCAUUGGAUUAUCCCGGUCCUGGAGAGUACAACAUAGAAAGAGCUAAUCGGGUGGCACGCAGUCACUCUCCAGAGUAUAAAAUUGGUGUCAAGUUAAAGGAGAUGAGACCGGAUUCAUUGGACUACCCUGGUCCUGGAGAGUACAACAUAGAAAGAGCCGAUAGAGUUGCACGAAGCCACUCUCCAGAGUAUAAAAUCGGUGCCAAGUUAAAAGAAAGAAGACCCGACUCUUUGGAUUAUCCUGGUCCUGCAAAAUACAACGUCGACCGAGCGGACGGAAUUGUGCGCAGCCACUCUCCUGAGCACAGCAUCGGCGUGAAAUUAAAAGAAAGAAGGCCGGACUCCUUUGAUUAUCCUGGUCCUGCCGAGUACUGCGUUGAAAAGGCUGACCGGAUGGUGCGAAGCCAUUCCCCUGAACACAUCUUCGGCAUCAGAUUGAAAGAAAUGCCUCCAGAUUCAUUGGAAUUUCCUGCCCCUGGAGACUACAACAUUUCAAGAAGCGAAGGCACGCUUUAUCCUGGGUCUCCUAAAUUUAGCCUAGGAAUGAAAUUGAAGGACAAGCCCCCGGACAACAUCGACUUUCCUGCACCGUCGGACUACAGCCCUGGCAAAGGCGUAAGCUUCGUGAAGGCGAGGUCCCCAAAAUUCACAUUCGGCUUCAGGCUAAGACCUUCCAAGCCAUACAGCUACGGUUUCCCAGCACCAGGAGAGUACGACCCCGAUAAAGCGAACGAACUAAUUUAUCCAAAGUCACCACGCUUCACCAUUCGUUCGAGACUCAAGGAACGGCUACCCGACAACGUAACGUUUCCAGCACCGGGUACCUACGAUCCCGACAAAGGCAAUCCUGCUCUAUUCGGAUUGCCACCAAGAAGUAAAUCAAGAAGCCCGAGAAGAUCAAAGUCUCACGACCUCGAAGACAAACGGGCAGUGGCAUCGCUUCAUGAAACAGCGAGCAUAAGAAGCAGUUCAUUCCGAAUUGCGAGGACGACAGAUGCUGGUGUGACUAAAAAGAACGCGCAUUUCUGUUCAACAGAGCGCGAUAUUAAAGGUUCGGAGCAGACGAUCAAACGAAGUCGCUCGCUGAGUGGAACUCGGCAAAGGGACACUGGCGCCAAAAAUGGGAAAGAAAAAACAAAAGAGGAGACGUCAGUAUCCCCGAAAACUAUGACACGAAGCAGAUCGUCUCGAUUGACUCGACAAUCCGAAUUCGGCAUUGAUGAAACCCUCGCUAAAAGCUCGCAGGAAACAGUAAAGGAGCGCCGUUCGUUUAGGGUCAUUCGCAAACAAGCAGCUGUAGUCGAAGGAGAGCCACCGCAGGUGAAAAUCGUCGUUUCCGAAAUGACGACUGACCGGAGCGAACCAGAAGACGCUACGAAGAAAAAAAUUGACUCAAAAGCGGCCGAAAGAGAGGCAGCGUCUUCGAGAGUCGGGACGAAGAAAAGUGGCUUCCUUCGAUCUCUCCGGAAAAAGCUGGACGGCACUGAAGAAAUGUCUCGGACAUCUAAAGUGGCUAAGGCGCCCGCAACGCAGAAGACUACCACUCGUGUAGUGGAAAGAAAAGUAGACGAAGAGCGAGAACGGGUCGGCGCUGCUAGUCAAGCGGGAACUAUACCUCGAAGGAGUCGGUCACUUCGAGUCAUCCGAAAAGAGGUGGACGAGGCACCAGAUAAGCGAGCCAGGUCCACCGACGAACUGACUAGGCGAAGUCACUCAUUGAUUGUAGCACGAGCAAGGAAAGACGACAUCGAAGCACAAGAGCCAGAUAAAAGAGCUAGGCCUUCGGAGCGACGAUUAGGGCGGAGUAGGUCGCUUCGAAUUGCACAAAGCGGAAUCGACGACAUCGAUGAAAAGGACAACGUGUCGAAGUCCGAGACUCAUAUAACUGCAUCUUCCUCUUCGAGUUUUCGCAAGGAGCGGUACUCGGGUGAAUACUUGGGGAAGAGUCUCGAACCUGCUGCGUUUACAACGAGCGACGAAAGUGGUAUGUUCGAAGACGACGAAACGAUGGACAGUGUGUCAGCCCGGGACAGGACGUUUGUACGAACUCCUACUGACUCGUCCAGAAUUCAAGUGUCCCCGGAGAGUUUCCGGGAAUGGAGGCAUGCUCAAGGAAGCAUCAAAUUGGCACCGAGAUUUCCAGAGGGACUUGACUUCUGGAAACCACCCGGAACAGGGUCUUUAUUCGCAAAGCUUUAUCAGUCCUGGACACAGGAAACAGCUGUUUCUCCUGCUGAAGCAGAAGACAACAGCCGAGUGAUGUUCCGCUCAGCUGCAAGCCUCCUCUUCAGGAAAGGUUUCGCAGCGAUACUACGGAACGAAACACCUGGACCGGGUUACUACAACCCGAGCAUCGGUGAACAGCUACGCUUCCCUCGCAUGCCGAGUUUUACGAUACGAAGAAAGCUCAAGUGUCCGAAGAAAGAAGAAACGCCUGCUCCCUGGGACUAUAGCCCAGACAAAGCUGAUCCUCUGGUGAGACCUAUGUCGCCAGCUUACACCUUCGGACACAAGGACGACUGUUGUCAUUGCAGAACCACAAGUCCUGCUCCUGGCACCUACUGUCCUGAGAAAUCUGACACGGUUCUAGCCACGACACCAUCUUACACCUUUGGUAUCAAGCAUAAGGACCUUAGGCCUGACGAUGUGCCUGCACCGGGUGCCUACUGCCCAGAGAAAGCAGACACCGUGCUCGCGGUCACGCCGGCCUACACCUUUGGCACCAGGCCCAAGGACGCGAAGCCUGACGAUUUUCCCGCGCCGGGUGCCUAUAGACCCGAAAAGGCGGACUCUGUCCUGGUCAGGACACCUGCGUACACGUUUGGCACCAGGCCGAAGGAUUCCAGGGGUGACGGCGUACCUGCACCCGGCAAGUACGACGUACCGGACACUGACACGUACAAGAGCAAGUCCCCCGCCUACACGCUCAGCUACCGCACCAACAUUCCCUCGGACCACACCAAGAAACCCGGGCCCGGCGCUCAUUCACCGGAGAGGGUCUGGAUGAACAAGAGCAGCUCACCUCGGUUCACCUUUGGCAUCCGGCACAGUCCUGUUGCCGAGACGCCCAAGCCCAAGUAGGACCUUCAUGUCAGCUAGUGGCCGACGCCCAAAACAACAACAGCCCGCAAAGGACUAAUGGCAGCUACGACAGAGGAUAUCAACGGCCGUCUACUGGCAAGACCAACGCAACAUAAACGCCCCUUUGUCAUGGCAUGGACGCCGGUUCACUGAAAUAAGAACGCACAGCCCGUUGAAACUAGGACAGGCACCGCGUUUGUAUCUAGCCAUAAACUUGAAGAGGCCGUACGCGUUCUAUAGCUUGUAGGUUUUUUUGUGUGCGCGUUGCCAAAGACGACACUUUUGUAAAAGCCGGAGUAAUGAACAUGAGGUCCAGUGUAGUCCUAGACCGUCGGCAAGGCUGAUCGAAGUUAACUUGUUGCUUUUAUUUUACCUCCGCAAUAUUAAUAUUUUGAUGCAUUAUUGGGCGCUUGGGAUCAGCUACGUGUAUAACCGAUACUCAUGCACAGCUAGCUACACUAACCAAGCUUCCUUUUAGAUUACGCUUGAGAAUGGUACGUUGUCAUUUUGUUUUUCUUCGCCGCUUAAGAGUGAGCACGAAAUUCAAAAAAUAAAGAAGGAAGAAGAAGCCUAAAGUAAAGCAAAUUUUUUGUCCUCAUUUACGCUAUUUUGUCACGAUGCUUCAAGAAAUAAAAGAGCACGAGUUGCACAGGGAACAGAAA